AUGGCCACUUCACAAGGGAAAGGUGAACAAGUGUCCAAAUUUGAGACAUUAAGACUUUUGGAGAAAUGCAGAAAGGAAAGAGAUGAUGCCAUGCACAGAGAAGGUGUUCUCAGAGAGAAACUGAGACAGUAUGAGUCCAGGAUGCGUUCAACUGAUGCUCAGAAACAGAAGCUGAAGACAUUGGCGGUUGAAAACAAGGAGCUGAGGAAACAAGUGAAGGGUCUUCGCACUGAGAUUGGACUUGAGUGCAACCCUAAGUUCACUGGGAAGACCACAAAGGACAUAAUCAAUGACAUGCAGGAUAAGGACCGUGAGUGCAGUUCCCUUGUGGAGAAGGCUGCCAAACUGAGUCUGACCAUUGAUGAUUUGACCUAUGAGUUGGCAAACACAGUCACAUCUAAAACACUUUUAGAGGAUCAAGUGCAUUCAUUGCAGCAAAAUCUCAAGGAUAUGACAAAUAAUCAACGCCGCCUGCUGAAAUUGUGGGAAGACAAGAAGGUCCAGAGGGAUCAACCCGCCGCCCUCCCGGCAAUUAUCCAGAAACCUGCACAGAAACAAUUUGUUCAUAAAGCCAUUCAAACUGAGAUGUCUGUCAAUUCAUCGCAAAAGCUCCCAGUCAAUGCUUUUGAGAUCAAGCAAUUCUCUCUGGACCAUGACAAAAAGACAGUUUUGGAUAAACACAGUUUCCCAAAUUAUGGAAAUGACUUUCAUCAUGAAAAUACAUCUUUCAUGCACGACGAAACCAAUGGAAUUAAGAAUUAACUGUGUGACAGCCUGCAGUGAGAAAGUAAAGCGAGAUAAAGCAGAUAAUUAUUAGUGUGUGAUAUAUCUGUAAAUAUCAAACAAACAAGUAAAACAUAUGCAAUAUAAAAUAAUGUAAAGCUGAUUUCUGGCUUGUUUUGAUACCUUCUGUAAUUUAAUUCUGUGACAAUGUAGUUAUUUCAGAA